AUGGAUGAAACAAUCUUAUCAAAAUAAAACAACUAUCCUGGUUCUUAUAUUAAGUAAGAUUUAAAGGAAGCUGAGGAGGAACACCGAAAUCAUAAAGAAUUAAAAGACAAGAAAUACGGCUUUUAUUUUUUAUUGUUUCAAGGAUUAGUUUAUAUAAUUACAAUAAUCAGUUUUGGAUUUGGGAAUCCAGAUCAACUAGGGAAACCGUAUGAUUCAGAUUGUAUUCUAAUCCACUUUAUAAGUUAAUAGAGAAAGUGUGUGGAGUUGAUGUAGGAUUGGAAUAAUACAAAUUUAUAUACUUUACAAAUCCAUCAGAUUAGAAGCAUUUAAGCAGAACAGUGUGUGUUAAGGAAUGUCCAGUUUUGGAAGAAGAUCAUAAUGAAGAUGGUUCUAUAUUCAUUCAUACAUUAGAAUCAUUGGCGUUGCAAUGCUAUCCAAACAAUGCUAUAAAUUCAUGCAGAAAUCGACCAUCGAUUGAUGAUCCGAACUAUUCGAUGAUAUACUAUGAUUCAGUGCCAUUUAUAGAUGUUUGCCUCCCAAGGAAAUCUAGUUAUUUCCAGAAUAUCUAACAUGGAUUAGAUUAAUCAUAGAUCAUUAGCUUUUUAUCAGAUAUGAGUAGUGGAAGAGUCAUAAUAUUUGCUUCUUUGGCACUCUGUUUAUUCUUAAAGUAACAUGUGAAGAACUAAUAAAUCUAGUUAAUUAUUCUAUUUUAUGAUGAUCAAACUAUAAAAGACAUCGAUUUGGGUGAUUUCAAUCACAUCAAUAUUUGGUCUAUUUAUCUCAGGGUUCUUAGGUCUGUUUUAUUUCCUAAAACAAUACCAGUACUCUGAGACAGUGAUAACAACAGCCAAAAUAACAAAGGAACAAGCAAUAGGUAUGAUUUAAGUGCAGGAGUCCAAUAUAACUAUUAUUCUGAUCUCUAGUGCAUUCUUCCUUUUGUGUGGUGUUUACUUUUUGAUAGAUCUGAUAGUAAAUCGAAAGAGGUACAAGACUAUGGGAGUAAAGAUUUAAAUAGUCAAUUAUUUUUUUGAUUUCUCAUCAUCAGGAAUUCGAUAAUAGGAGGGCUAGCCUUCAAGAUUCAGAGAAAUCUUGAUCUUAUUGAUGGGUAGUGCAGGUUGUUUGUUGAUUUUCUGUGCAUUAUGGGUUUGGAUGGCAACGUAAAAUAAAUUAAUAAUAUUUCAAUAGAAAUCUGUUUUCUAUAGGGAAAGCAGUAUAAGGAUAUUAUCCCUUUAACACUUAUUAAUUGAAUUGGACAACUUACCUUAUGGGAUUUAUUCAUAUUUUUGAAUUGGUAGUUGUGACUCUAGCGAUUUUAGGAAGUGAACAGAUGUUAUUGAUUGGCAAGGUAGUUGAGGUGUAUAAACACAUGGGAAUAUAGAGAUAGAAAAUAGAUUCUCAAGAUCCAGAAUAAUCUUUGAUGGACAUAUUGGAGAUUUAUGCUUUCAAUAACUUUGGUUCCGUAGUGUUUGGAGAGGCAAUCAUCUUUUUAUUGAUGAUUCCAAGACUGCUCAUAAAGAUAUAUGUGUGGAUAAGUUUGAAGAAUGACGCUGAAUUCGAAAUUCCAUCUUGGUUUUAAUAGAUAUUGUGCAUAAAUGACAGGGCCUAUUUACUGGCCUAUUUAAGGAACGAUGAAUUCCUAUUGAGUGCUAAAUCUCAAUAUGUCUUUGAUAAAAGAUUGAAAGAAACAACAGAUGUUCAAUAUCAUGGUGAACAGUUAUCAGUCACUUAUUGCUUUGCUGUUGCUAAUCUAUGUGUUUCAUUAACUUACAUCUUAAUCAUCACUACAAGUACAAAGAUAGGAAUUCAUUAGCCAGUUUAUUUUCUUUUGGUUUCAUUCAUUUUUUCUUAUUUCGUAAUUAUAGAUUCAAAUUUGCUUAGAUAUCUAUGAUGUUUUCAACAGUCUAUGGGGCAACCAUAGAUAAUUUGACUAUUUUGUUAUACAGAGACACCACACCUGAUGGUCAAGAAGUCGGAACAUGCGUAAGAAAUGCAGUAAGAUUGAUGAAAGAAUCAGAAUUAGAUGGCCAGACUCAUUAACAAUAACAUGACGUAUAAGAUUGA